CACCUUGCAGGCUGAAGGGCUCGCGUCCCCGGCCUGCAACACCCGGCGCGUUCCGAAGUUAGACUUCCCCGCCCUGACUGGGGUCCGUUCCAGGGGAGGUGGCGCCAGCGGGGACUGCCGGGCCUGGAGGGGCGGGGCCGGGACUCAGCUCGCGGUUCCAGAGGCUCCGCUGAGAAGCCGGGCGGCCGCAGGACCGCUUCUCCCGAGCCGCCGAGCUGGAGCUGGAGCUGGAACUCCGUGGGGCCGGGGCCCCGGCUGCCGGGCAGCGGCUCCUCCAGUCCGAGGCCGCGGCGGAGAAUGAGGCGGUGGAGGGUUACCGGCGGAGCCGCGGGGCGGGAGGCAUGCUGCGCUGGUUCAUCACCGUAAUCCUGUGUGCCGCCUUCCUGGGUCUGGGAAUGAGUGUUGCUAUACUGGGACCCACAUUUCAAGAUUUGGCAACAAAUGUGAACCGCAAUAUUAGCAGUCUUUCUCUGAUUUUUGUGGGCCGUGCCUUUGGAUAUUUGAGUGGCUCUGUGAUUGGUGGAGUUCUUCUUGACAAUAUGAAUCAUUUUCUACUCUUGGGGGUGUCAAUGUUGGCCACCACAGUUGGUCUUUACCUUGUUCCAUUUUGUAAGACAGCAGUAUUACUGAUUGUCAUGAUGUCCAUCUUUGGUGUUUCAAUUGGCAUUCUGGAUACAGGUGGUAACGUCCUAAUCUUGGCUCUUUGGGGGGACGAAGGAGCCCCACAUAUGCAGGCCUUACACUUCAGUUUUGCCCUGGGCGCCUUCUUGGCUCCACUGCUGGCUAAGCUGGCACUGGGCACGACGGUGUCUGGUGACAAUCACACGGAAGCUGACGCUCACGGCUCGCUCAGCCAGUCUUCUGAGGCCGACGCAGAAUCCCUCCUCGGAGCACCCAACAAUCUGAAUUUACUGUGGGCUUAUGCCGUGAUCGGGACUUACAUUUUUGUAGUUUCUGUCUUUUUCUUGGCUCUGUUUUUAAAGAAAAGCUCCAGGCAGGAAAAAGCAAAAGCGUCUGCUCAGAGGUCUCGAAGAGCCAAAUACCACAACGCCCUUCUUUGUCUGCUUUUUCUGUUCUUCUUCUUCUACGUGGGGGCCGAGGUGACGUACGGCUCUUACGUUUUCUCGUUCGCGACCACCCAUGCCGGCAUGAAGGAGAGCGAAGCAGCUGGCCUGAACUCCAUCUUCUGGGGGACCUUUGCGGCCUGCAGGGGCCUGGCCAUCUUCUUUGCUACGUGUUUGCAACCUGGAACCAUGAUCGUGUUGAGCAACAUCGGCAGCCUGGGGUCAUCUUUAUUGCUGGUGCUUUUCAACAAGAGCCCAGUUUGUCUCUGGAUAGCAACGUCCGUGUACGGGGCCUCGAUGGCCACCACGUUUCCCAGCGGCGUCUCCUGGAUUGAGCAGUACACGACCAUCCACGGGAAAUCUGCAGCUUUUUUUGUAGUGGGCGCUGCCCUGGGAGAAAUGGCUAUUCCUGCGGUCAUUGGAAUCCUUCAAGGAGAAUAUCCGGAUUUGCCUAUAGUUUUGUAUACCUCUUUGGGGGCCUCGAUAGCCACUGCUGUUUUAUUUCCUGUGCUCUAUAAAUUAGCCACAUCACCUCUCAAUCAACAGCGGAAAGACCACAGAAAAAGCGAGGACCAGAAAGCUUUGCUUUCCAGCUCUGAGCUAAAUGACUACGAGGAAGAGAAUGAAGAAGAAGAUGCAGAAAAGUGGAAUGAAAUGGAUUUUGAAGUGAUCGAAAUGAACGAUACAAUGAGGAAUUCUGUGAUAGAGACAUCUAGAAAUGUUCUGACGGAGCCCUUAGCUGAAGUCUCCCGCUCCAGUGCAGUGGUAUGGGGCUCCUCUCCAGUUAACGCUGGCAAGUCCCCUGGGAGUCACUUGCAAGAGACCAGGCUAAAAGGGACUAACACCUAGAGACCAUGGAUUAUUGACUGACCUCCUUGAGUAGUCUCCAGUUUUAAAGAAGCCAGUCAGAGCAGAGCAUUAACAGAUCUUCAACAUGCUUUGGGGAAUCAAAAUUUCUGGGUCAGAGUACAUAUAGCAAAUGCUAAAAAGUUUUGGCAGGUUCUAUAAUUCCCAGAAUUUUCCAUAAAGAACAAUGGUCUCCUACAGCAGGAUAUUGUUGUGAGGCUAGUGUUUGGCAUGUGGCUGAUUUGGUCGUGUUUUGUGGUUUCCAUCCCUCAGAGCAUGUAAAGAUGUUCAUUGGUGAGGACUUGGGUGCUGUUCUAAUAGAGUGUGAAACUACUUAGCAGUUGAAUUGAUGGGCCGAACAAAUGAUCGGUCCUCAGUGUUCUGCCAGUGAAGCCUAGGAGUGUCGUUUCAUAAAAGAGCAACUUUGCAAACGAACAGGGAUUUUUUUCAUUGCUUUGCCCUCUCUGCAGCAGUGCACCAGAGAACACUAACCCUCAUUUGAUUUCUGAUUUCUUUGAAGAGAACUCAGAACAGGACCCAAGAGACCCGGCUUCAAACCUUGACUGCUGCUUACUACAUAUCUGGUCCCGCACUCAGUCACUUAGCUUCCGUAGGCCUCAUUUAGCUUCUCUCCUGAUCUGUGAUUCCAAGAGUGAAACUGAGGUGGUUUCCAAACUAGGAAUCCAUAAAUUUUAAAGUAUGUGCAAUGGGAAAAAAUGUUGGUGCAAGAUGUCUGUUAGAAAUUAAUAUAAGUGCCAUCCAUUCUUCAUUUCAAGUGAGAAGUGAAACAAAAUUGAUAGUUUUAAGAAUAGUACCAAUUAUGAAUACAUGUCAGUUUAAGAGACUCUGUGUUUAAUGGCAAAACACAUUUUUAGUAUUUCAUUCAUUCUAAG